GCAUUUAAACUAGGGGUGGGGACACUUAUAAAUUAAUGACAACAACUCGUUGUCAACGGGCGUAUCAUAUGUCAUAGAAUGACAAUAAAAAAUACAACAUUCUAUAAAUACUCAGAAAAUAAAAAAACUAUAACUCAUUUUAUAUUGUUACUGUACAGUAGUUAAGGUACUAAGAUUUAAGAUUGAGUAUUUAUUUAACUCUACAUAAUAAUUGAACUAAAACAUGGGUGCGAGUAAAAGUCAAUUUUCUGAAGAAGAAUUACAAGAUUAUCAGGAUCUCACAUAUUUUACGAAAAAGGAAGUUUUAUAUGCACAUCAAAAAUUUAAAGCCCUUGCACCUGAAAAAGUUGGUCACAAUAGAAAUGCUAAACUUCCCAUGUCGAAAAUUCUACGAUAUUCCGAGUUACGAGUCAACCCAUUUGGAGACAGGAUUUGCAAAGUUUUUAGUUCGAGCCAAGAUGGUGAUUGCACUUUCGAAGAUUUUUUAGAUAUGAUGUCAGUGUUUAGUGAUGCUGCUCCAAAAGCAGUCAAAGCAGAGCACGCCUUUCGUAUUUUUGACUUUGAUGGAGAUGAUAUGCUAGGAAUAGGUGACUUGCGACAAGUAAUCGACAGAUUAACAUCCCCACAAAGACUUAGCGAAAAUGAUAUGCAGCGCUUACUGCAAUAUCUUUUAGAAGAAGCUGAUCUUGAUGAUGAUGGCGCUUUAAGUUUUGCUGAAUUUGAACACAUCAUUGAAAAAAGCAGUGAUUUUUCAAAAACUUUUCGAAUCAAUCUAUAAGAUGGAAACUUAUAAAUAUACUUUAAGUAUAAUAGAAGAUCGAUAAUUGUACAUAAAAUUGUAGAUAAUAGUUCAUAAUACACGAUCAUUUUAAGUUAUUUUUUGUUCGAAAACAUACUAUUAUUGUACAUGAUACACAAAUGUAAGACUGACAACCUGUCAAUGUUAUUUAUUUUUUAUUUUUUAGAAAUCGCUCCUUUUUAUUGUUAAAAUUACUCUUUUCUUUAUUCAAAGACAAAUCAAUAUAGAUAACUAUGAUUGCACAACUCAAGUGUAAAGUAUUUAGUGUAUUUUAUUGUUCUUUAGUAAUUGUAUAUUGAUAUAAUAGUAAUUGCACUCGGAGAAAUUAUUUUUGUUUGAAAUAUUAUCGUGUCAGUAAAGCCGGACCGUGGUGGCCACCUGACGAAAACUAAAAUAAAAACAUGGAAAAAUUACUAAUAAUAAUAAUAAUAAUAAUUUAUUUUAUUUGUAUUACAAAUUGUGUUUUACAAAACUUUACAAUAUAUAUCAUCCAUCUUUACAUUUCCACAUUUUAUACUUUACAUUUUUUAACUUCCCGCUAAGAAAAUUAUAAAUUUUCAAAAAUUCGGGAAGUUAUUGUUUUCACUCCGAUUUUCAAAAAUCGAGUUUUCAUCAGAUGUCGACGUUUGAAGGUGCUAAGAUGCUAUUCUAAAAAUUUUAGAGCGAUGUCUGUAUGUCUGUAUGUAUGUAUGUAUGUAUGUAUAUGUGUGUGUGUGUGUGUGUGUGUGUGUGUGUGUGUGUGUGUGUGUGUGUGUGUGUGUGUGUGUGUGUGUGUGUGUGUGUGUGUGUGUGUGUGUGUGUGUGUGUGUGUGUGUGUGUGUGUGUGUGUGUGUGUGUGUAAACUCUUUGUAACUUUUUAACUAAUGAACCGAUUUGGAUGGUUAAGGUGGUAAUCGAAAGAGCUUAUUAGCCAUCAACUUUCCUGAAAAUUUCAGAUCAUUUGAUCAAGUAGACUCGAAAAUAUUGGCGAAUUACAAAAAAAAAAAAUUUUUUUUUUUUUUAGUUUUUUCGUGAUUUCUCAGAAACGACUUGAGCGAUCUACUUCAAAAUCUAAACAGCUGUAGUAUUAAAUAUGUAUUUGAACUCUGAAACUCAGAAAUUACAAAAAACUAUAAUAAAUUUAAACAUUUUAAUUAGUCGUAUAACAGUCAACAAUAAAACAAUAUUUGAAAUUAAUUUCCCAAAAAAGCGCGAAUUUUAAUGAAUAAAAAAAAAAUUUUUUCUGUAAAACUAAAACUGCAUGUUCAUUUGAGUCAUUGACUUAUGGGGUUUCUCAAUCAAAUGAAAUUGCUGUCACCCCUUUAAUUUUUUUUUUAACGCUGAUUUGAUGCAUAUUUUGAUUAAUUUCUAUGGAGGGACAUCCAAAGAACCCAAAAAUGCAAAAAACCCAAUUUCGUAAAAAACAUGACUUAGGGGGUUUCUCAAAUAAACAAUUCAUAUAUCUCACCGGCCUUUUCUUGAUUAUUAUCUCUACCUCUUCGUUAUUUAUUUCUCUUUUCUUAUUAUGUAGUCUGGUGUGUUCAUGGAAAAAUUAAUAUUACCAUGGUCAAAUUUGCAACAGUGACAGUAAUUUGUGAUAUAAUUGUUGUCAAUUAUCAGGGAAUUGAAUGUAACCUGGAAAUAUCAUGGAAAUGUCAACGAGUUUGACAAUGAAAAUCCAAUAAAAACUUUAAAUAUCUUAAUGAUAUGAAUAAAAUUUCUGAAUCAGGGAAAGAUGUGAAAAACUUUACUGAAAAACCGGGAAGUAUCAGAGAAUUUUGAAAUCAUUUCUUUGUGGCCACCCUGUUAUUUCAGUUUCUGCAGGUGGCCAACAUAUGGUCCAGCUUUACCAUAACACCAUAGCAUUUCAAACGACAAUAAUUUCUCCGUGAGCACUGAUAUAAUCCCGUUAAAUUAUAAUUACAGUUCAUAUACUCUACUUAAAUUGUAUUAGAAGCAUAUUAUGAAGAGAAAAAAAACAGUAUUGAUAGAUUAUUUACAAUAUAAAACUACUUCUGAUAUAAUCUUUUCUACUCUUAUAUAUACUUUAUUAUUAAGCUUCAUUGUUACUGGUGUAAGAACAGUUCUCAAUUAU